AUACCAUUUAUAUCCGAGGAUAAUCGGCCGAAGUUGACUCUAAAAGCUAACGUUGCGGUAACAACUAUAGAAGAAAUUCAAGGGCCAGCAGAUCCACUAUCGCAAGACAGAAAGAAAAUUCAAGAGAUAAUCAAAUUAUCUGUGGCUGAAGAUGAAAAGUUUCAAGUCGAUGGAAACGUGGAACGUGUCGAACGAGGAAUUUCACAACUGGAGCUUGCAUUGGGGAUGUGCGAAAAAACCGAUCCAGACCUACCAAUCGUCUUAUGCAAUCUUGGACUGCUCAUGACACGCCGUUUUACUGA